CUUGUUCAUCUCUUUCUCUCUCUCUAAGAAAAUAUUUUCUUCUGCCAAGAAAACCAUUUUUGAAAUAAUCAAUUCUCUAAACACUAAAGGAUUCUCAGGCUCUCACAAAAUUGACAUUACAAGAGAUCUGGUAUGAGAAAUAGCAGGGAGGUGAAUAGUAACAAUGGAAGAAUCAAAUGUUCUUCUUAUCCAUCAUUAUCUACUGAUGAAGGCUCUCCAAAUGAUCCAUCAUCUUCUUCCCAUUUCUUGCAUCUGACCAAGUCUAGUGAUGAGUUAGGUCAAUCACAUCUUUCCUCUUUCUCCAUCAGAGACUAUGCAUUUAGUAACAGGACCAAAAACAUUCAGAAAAGCUGGCCUUUCUCCUCAACAACUUUGCAACUUUGUUUAAAACAUGGCUUAAGUGAUCCAUUGCCACCGAUUCAGCCUCUUGGCCUCGUGAUAAGCAAUCCUCUUGAAGCUUCAUCAUCAAAGAAGCUAACCAUAGCUCAUGUUGAAGCCAUAAGCUGCAAGAGAAAGUUAAAAAGACUUGCCUCCAAUGAUCAUGCAUCAGCAGAGACUAAACAAGGCUUUGAGAAUGGUUCAAAAUCCAAAACACAAGUCACUAUGCUCAACAAGACUCUUAGAAAGAAAUGUGGGUUAGUAGUGAAACCUGGAGCUUGUGUGGAUAGUGCAUCAAAAGAAGAUCAAGCUUUGAGAACUUGUCCCAUCUGCAAAACCUUCUCAUCUGCUUCUAACACCACUUUGAAUGCACAUAUCGAUCAGUGUCUAUCUGUUGACUCGGGAGAGAAGCCAGUUAGUAAGCCAAACAAGUCUAGGAAGAACAAGCCACGGUUGAAAGUUAAAACGAUGGUUGAUAUCUACGCUUCUGCAAAAGGAUGCACAUUAGAAGAACUUGAUAAAAGAAAUGGAACAAAGUGGGCUGUGAUCUCCAGCUACUCUAACCAGGUUGUCUCUGAUAAUAAUAAGAAGUCUGAAGUUUCCAACAGCGGGAAGAGCCUUGAUGAAGAUGCUGCUGGUGUUGGACCUGUUUACAUUGAUGCUAAGGGCCAAAAGCUGCGGAUUAUAUCAGAGGUUAAGGAGAAAGCUUCUGGUCCAUCAAGAGAGCAUGAAAAGGUCAGUGAGAAGCAAACUUUUAGUGAAGGUAAAAGGAGUUUCAAAAGCUGUAAGAAAAGACUUGAAGGCAAUGCUUCAGAGAUGCAGGAGUCUAGAAGAGUGUAUUCUGAAGAAUGUAGAGUCAUGAAGAGGUCAGAAACUCCAGGUCCAAGUCAGCAUAGGAUGCUAAGAAAACAUAGUCUUUCAAGGAAUGAAAGUAAGAAAGGGAGGAGCAUGUGUGAUCUGCCAUCUGAGAAUGGACAUUCAUUGUCAGAAGAUACUCUUGUGUUAAGAGGUCCAAGUCAUGUGAGUACUGAUUUAUCCACAGCAGUUAACAGUCAAAGCUCAUGGAGAAGCUGUGGGGAUAGCCAAGUCUCUGGAAAGAACACCAAAAGUGCAUCAUUUGUAGCAAAUCCCUUGAGAUGCCCUAAACCUGUGGAGAAGGGAGUUAUAAAGUUAAAGAAAGCAUGGAGGUUUGAUGUCUCGGAGAAUGAAGAUGAAGAUUCAGGGAGAUGGGAGUCUGAGAUGACUCAAGAACGUGAACUGGCAGAUUAUGAUGACUUGGAUGAGGAUGAAGAAACAGAUAAGGUCUUUCUAAGCUCAAGUCCUUCAACUAGUGGUGAAGACAAUGAUUAUGAAAGCUUGGAAGAGACUGGUAAUAACAAAGGAUAUGAUUAUAUGUUGGACAAAACAGAUGACGUGGAUGCUGAGUUUGAAAGCAUGGUUUUAGAGAAAAGUGGUUGUGAAACUGAAGAACGAGGAAGCUCAUUCAUGGAGGUUGAUCCCAUUCCUAUUCCAGGACCUCCUGGAUCAUUUCUAGAGAGUCCUUGGGAUAUGGAAACUGAUGCAACUGCCACUGAAAAUCAUGGAAACUUUUCGGUUAUAACAAACCAAGUCCAAACUUCUUAUGAUCAGCUUGAUCUCACUGACAGGAACUUGUCUGAAUCACCUGUUUCAGCAGUUUCAAACUUUGCAGCUCCUGAAACGCUUACAUUUAGUCUUCAUAACAUCAUCACCACUGACAAGAGACCUUCUGGAUUCAGAGACAAUGAUCAGUCAUGUUGUUGCCAGAGAGAGGAGAAUGGUGUUGAAGAUACAACAUUUAGGCAACCACCACCACCACACAUGAUCCAUAAAGAUCUUUUAAGUAAGUCUGUUCCCGCGCUUCCUUCAAACUCCGGUCCAGUGUUGCGGCUAAUGGGAAAGGAUUUGAUGGUUAUUAACCAAAGAGAAGAGACCUCACAUAGAGAUUCAAGUCUGAAACCAACCUCGCAGUUUCAAGAUCUCUCUAAGUCACAACAAGUGUCUCCUCAUGCCCAUCUUCAUCGUCCUUUUGGUGGGAAUGGUUUGUAUUUCGACUCCACCACAAGCUUUUACAACAUCCCAUGACAAUACUGAUCAACUCCAGCAGUUACUUAUUCUUGAAAGAUCUUAAAGAAGUUAUCUCCUCAAGAUUUCAUGAUUCUCUAAUAAAGAGGUUGAGAAGAAUCUCAAGAGGCUGCUGUGAAGAAAUGGUGAGAUUAUUAUAAGUUCUACCUAUAGAAUAUUGAGAAAUGCAACUAAGGUAAAUGACCCCACUUUUUUUCAAACUGGUUUCAAAGGGGGGUGAUAUAUAAAUAUGAAAAGUUAUUAUAAUGUUGUGGAACCGCAUUUUGAAUAAAAG